AUGACCUUCCCUCCCCCUCCCCCUUCCUCCCAAUCGUCGAUUGCUUCUGGCACCGAUAAAUUGUCUUCGAACAGGGCGGCAAGGUCACAGCAAUCUGCUUGGGGUCUCUCCGCGUCCCAGUCUAGCAUUCGCCGUGGGUUGACUCCGCUUGCGACCAACAACCUUUCAUCGUCAUCGUCGAUUCCGUCUGCGAAUUCCCGAGGACCAGUUCAGUCGAGUAGUCCCGCUCCAGGUGGCUCGACCUCUUCCCCUUUGACUUCCUCCUUCUCCGCCGUUCUGAGUUCCGCAAGGGGUCUUCCUGGCGGACGGAGCGUACCCUCACCUGCCUCAACACCGUCACCUUUUGCCGCCUUCCAAUCUGGCUCGCAACAGCAUCAGCAACCCGGGCAGUCACUCACGUCUCCUAAAUUCAGGGCUCACACCCCGUCGUCACAUCUGGCUUCCGCAGCAGGCUCUAUCGCGGGUGGUGGAGGCUCCGGGGGAGGCGGUGGUGGGACGGGACCUUCCAGAGGCGGCACCUUCUCGCCGUUAUUGUCCGGCAACACCGUGAAUUCACCCACUGGGUUUCCCUCUGACAAACCGGGCUCAGCAGCUUCCGGAGCUGCAGCUCACGCAAGCCAGUCCUCAUUGACUAAGAUAUCCAUUGCUCAAGUCUUCCUUCUUCUAGACUCUAUCACGGAGAAAGAAGGUCGAGAGAAGUGGGAAACCAAAGCCGCUCAGAUACACAAGCUUGUCGAAUCGAACGGAAUGGAGGUCUUCUCGAAGUAUUUCCGGCGUCUUCUGACGGGCAACGCCCCUCAGAUCUUUCCAGGGGUCAACAAGUCUGUGGAAAAUGCUGGGAAUUAUCCUUUGUUGGUCCAAGAGAUGCAGAAAGUCACUCAAGACAUAGAGCAGGCCCAGAAAAUCGCAGAAACGGUUGAUACCUCGGAAGGAGAUAUAUUCCGCGAUUUCGAUCUUUCUACCUUCCUCGAUCAUUUCAAGCUGGACCCUGUCGCUAAGGUAGCCCUUGCACUGGCCUUCAAAACCGCCAAUAAGUCGGACUUGCGUGCGAAAGCCGAUGCAAUUCUUUCGAACUCCAUCACUCCUUUCCUUCAAAGUUUGGCGACGCCGUCUGAGGCAACUAAAGAUUUCAAAAUCUCGUUCAUUGGGAUGACGAUUGAGCGUUUCAUCCUCUACCCUCCACGCAACUUCACCGACGAUGUGAAAGCCAAAUUGGUGUACGCAGCGAAUCUACGCUACCAGAAAUUAGGCGUGGAGAUGCCAUUCGAGGUCGCCUCUGCUCUACAAAUGUUCAAUUUCCUAAAUCCAAGGUACACAUUGGUCCGCCAGCUCCACUCCAAGGGACCCCGAGCCACGUCGAACGUCGACGCCGUGAAUGAGGCAGUCAAUGCAGCCGGACCUGAUGGCUGGAACGAAGAGCAUAUUGCCAGCGCCCUACUGUUCCUGGUUCUUUCUCAGUAUUGGCAGGAUUUCUCCUUGGAGACUUUCCUCCGAGCGAUCAAGUCACAUUACGGUGACAGGCAGAUUAAUUGGUCUUUCAUUUUCCGAAACUUUGAUCGCGAAGGCCUGCGACUUGACUCGAAGCAGUUCGCCAAACUCUAUUCGGUCCUCCUGUCGGCGGCUGCGGAUGAUUCCACUUUGGACAUCCAGAAGCUUUGGGGCGGCGAUUGGGAACAUCGGGACACCCAGAUGUCUUUCUUGACGGCUUUCAUUGUUUCCCGGACAGAUGUCUCUCAGAUUCCCAAUCUUCGAGCUACCUUCCCAGCGGAUUUCUUCGCUGACGGUCCCGAGCUCGUUCGCUUGCAAGGGGAGCGGGCAGCGAAGUCUCCGCUUCGUUCUCUGGACGCUAUGAAAGCCAUCUUUGACAUUGCUUUGUUCUCUCAGGCUGCCUGGGCAGCUGCGGAAAGUCAACUACUCAUCAAGGCUGUUGUCCAGUAUGAUCUUCCUGUCUUUCUGUGCUCAGCUCUGGCUCUUCCUCAGCCCUGGACCAGCGUUCAGCAAAGCUUCGUUCUCCGGACGCUCGUUGUCUUUAUCUUAAAACAAGAAGAGGGAUAUCAGCUUGCGCUUCAUGGAGCUUGGCGCCAGGACCGCCAGUGGGUAGCUGAGCAGCUGUUCACCACGUUUACUCAAGACCCAACGUCAACAGCCGCAAUCUACGAGCAUGCAGUCGCAUUUGAUUGGCUGGACUACUUGCUUGGAUACACAAACGGUCUUGCUAUGGAUCUGGCUUGCUAUGCUCAUCGGAAGGGACCCUUUGACCUCGAGCAAUGGAUUCGCAAUGCGGCUCAGAAAGGACCAAUGGAUAUGGGUAACUUGUUGUCUAAAUACCUCAGGAUUAAGGCAGAAGACGAAUUGCAUGUCCAAAGGAAGGAACAACCUGCUCCUCAGAUGGUCAGUCUUUCUGUGAAGACUGUCUACACUUUGUUGUCUGUUUUGGAGGAAUAUGUUGGCGACCGUGAAAAUCUCACGCCGGUGCAGCGAAUCUGCAUCCAGACCUAUCCCCGGCUUAUCAAUUAUGGCGAAGGUUUUGACGAUAUCAUCGACGCCAAUGGCGAAAACGGCAAUGCGUUACCUGAAGCUAUUGACAAACAGAUGCAGGAGCUUUUCGGCAAGAUGUAUCACGAAGAACUCUCCUUGCGGGAAAUAUUGGAGUUGAUGCGACGAUACAAAACAUCUCGCGAUCCGGCUGAACAAGAUCUUUUUGCGUGCAUGGUUCAUGGACUCAUCGACGAGUACCAUUGCUACCAUGAAUAUCCCUUGGAAGCACUCACAAAGACAGCUGUGAUGUUUGGUGGUAUCAUCAACUUCCGGCUCGUCGACGGAAUCACGCUGAAAGUUGGCCUGGGCAUGAUUCUCGAGGCAGUGCGAGAACAUGACGUCCACGAUCCCAUGUACAAGUUCGGCGUGGAGGCCAUUGAGCAGCUGAUUAGUCGUCUCCCCGAGUGGGCUGGCUUUUGUCACCUCCUGCUUCAAAUUCCGAGUUUGCAGGGCACGCCCAUUUUCCAGAAGGCUGAAGAAGUGCUACGCGAGCAGGGAAGUCAAGUGCGAGAUUCUGAUAGUGGCAGAAUCGAGAAUGUUGCCGGUCCGUCCGUAGCCAACGGUACUCUCGAUGAGACCGCACCAGACGGGCCCACCCGAAAGUUCCUCUCUAUCCAUGUUGACCCACCUUUACGACCUGAGAUUUACCAUGAUCCGGACGAGGAGGUGCAGGACAAGAUACUGUUCGUCCUAAACAAUGUGUCGGAGCAAAAUAUUGAGGAGAAGCUGCACGACCUCACAGAUGUACUGCGAGACCAGCAUCAUCAGUGGUUCGCAUCGUACUUGGUGGAAGAACGGGCGAAAUUGCAGCCAAAUUUCCAGCAACUCUAUCUCGAUCUUCUUGACCGCAUCAACGACAAGAUUCUUUGGGCUGAAGUUCUGAGAGAAACAUACUCGAGCGUGUGCAAGCUGUUGAAUGCAGAGGGGACGAUUAACUCGUCCACAGAUCGCGGCCAUCUCAAAAAUCUCGGUUCUUGGCUCGGUUCAUUGACCAUAGCAAAAGACAAGCCUAUAAAGCACAAGGAUAUAUACUUCAAGGGUCUUCUUCUGGAAGGCUAUGACAGUCAGCGUCUGACCAUCGUGAUCCCAUUCACUUGCAAAGUGCUGGUCCAGGCGACAAAAUCCACUGUCUUCAAGCCGCCAAACCCAUGGUUGAUGGAUAUUCUCGCUCUUCUGCUGGAACUCUACCACUUUGCUGAACUAAAGUUGAAUCUCAAAUUCGAGAUUGAAGUAUUGUGCAAAGAUCUCGAACUGGAUCAUAAGACAAUUGAGCCCUCCGUCGUUAUCCGGGAUCGCUCAGCUCACAUCGAGGAUGCGCUGUCGACAGCAAAUAUUCCUGAAGGCCUCGAAGCCUUCGAAGACAUGGCUCUCACCGGUAUCAACCAGGGAAUGCGGACAGAGAGGUUGUCUCCCGCCGCGAUCAUGUCCACUCUUCCAAGCUUAGACAAAAUUCUUGUUCUCCCAUCUUCAGCAAGCAGCAUGGUUGACCCGAACGUCCUCAGGCAAAUUGUCCACACGGCUGUUGAACGCGCUAUCGCGGAGAUAAUCACUCCAGUCGUAGAACGCUCCGUCACGAUUGCAUCAAUUUCAACUGUACAGCUGGUAUCCAAGGACUUUGCCAUGGAGCCUGACGAGGAGAAGGUGCGACAUGCCGCUGGCAAUAUGGUGCGACAGCUUGCUGGAAGUCUUGCCCUGGUGACUUGCAAGGAGCCGCUGAAGGUUAGCAUGACAAACUAUAUCAGAAUGAUUCAGCAAGAGUACUCCGAGCAGCCCAUGCCUGAAGGCUUGAUUUUGAUGUGUGUCAAUGACAACCUUGAUGCCGCCUGCGGAAUAGUCGAGAAGGCGGCGGAGGACAAGUCUCUGCCUGAGAUUGAAAAGGUUAUUGAACCACAGUUGGAAGCACGCCGGCGUCAUCGGGCUGCCCGACCUAAUGAACCUUUCAUCGACCCGUCGAUGAAUCGCUGGGGCUUGUUCAUUCCUGAACCCUACCGGCAAGCCCCAGGUGGCCUGAACAAGGAGCAGCUGGCCAUUUAUGAAGAGUUUGCCCGUCAAUCUCGCGGUCCAGCAGCAACUCAUGUUCAGAACGUAUCGACUGAUUCCGGUCGGCAACUGGCAGAUGUUCUCCAGGACUCGUAUGCGCAGAUUCCUAACCUCUCUACGCCUGCGGAACAGCCAGCUGUACCUCAUAGGACUCCGCAGGCUCAGCAAGACACGCGUCUGCAGCAAACCGGGCUCGUGGGCCCACAACCGCAACUGAAUGGCUUUCUGGAGGCGCCAACACCUCGCGACAAAGUCGACAGCAUAGUUUCCGAUCUUCAGCAAGCAGCUCGCAAUGCACCUGAGGAGCGCGUGAAGGACCUUGGCAGAGAUAGUGCUGUGUUGCAGGAGUACAACCAGGCUUUACGUACUAUCCUUACGUCUCCAAGCGGCGAAGAGCUGGCAAGAUUAACAUGUCUGAAGAUCUGCACCACGUUGUAUUCUCAGUCCCCGAGUAACCUUGAGAUCGAGGUACUCGUGCAUUUGCUUGCGAAGUUGUGCGAUAUGUCCUCACUCGUCGCAAGAUAUACCUGGGUUGUCUUGUCGGAGGUAGAUGACGAGCAUAUAUUCAAUGUCCCAGUUACAGUGGCACUCAUAGAUGCUGGACUGCUGGACAUUCGCCGCGUCGAUAUGAGUCUCACUAGGCUUAUCUGUCAGAAGAACACGGGUGCACUCGAAAUUCUGGCCAAUCUGAUGGACCGAGUGCUCUUCAACGAAGAGCCCUCCGCAUUGCGGUCUGAUUUCUCUGGCAGUCUCGAAGCGAUGAGCCAAUGGCUUGCAGAAGACGCAAAUCUUGCUCCUGCGAAUGAAAUUAUCCGCAAACUACGCGAGUCGGGUAUCCCUGAAGUCGUCAAUCCUCUUCUCAGCGACAAAGCGCGAGCGAAGCGGGAUCAGAUGGAGUACAUCUUCAGCGAGUGGAUUGGUAUUUACAAGGCCCCCGGCGCCACUGACCGUACCUAUCAUUCCUUCCUUAAGGACCUGCACCAAAGGCAAGUCAUGGAUAAUCAAGAGGACUCUGCUUUGUUCUUCCGUCUCAGCAUUGAUAUCUCUGUCGCGAUGUUCGAGCAUGAAUCGCAGAAUCCUAACGGUAGCCUUGACGAGGCUUUCCUCUAUAUCGAUGCGCUUGCGAAAUUGGUCAUUCUGCUAGUCAAAUUUCAAGGAGAGAGCGCUGGCUCGGCCAAGACCAGCAAAUCCGUCUACUUCAACUCGAUUUUGUCGAUGCUCGUGCUGGUGUUAAAUCAUCACCACGUUAUCCGCGGAGAGGCUUUCAACCAGCGCGUUUUUUUCAGACUCUUCUCGAGUAUUCUCUGCGAGUAUUCUCUGAACGGACUCCAGCAGAGUGAUCAGCACCAGGAAAUGAUGUUUGCUCUUGCCAACAAGUUCCUAUCGCUCCAGCCCCAGUACUGCCCCGGCUUUGUCUACGGCUGGCUCUCACUGGUGUCCCACAGAUUUUUCAUGUCGGGAAUGCUGAAUAUGCCCGAGCGCGCUGGUUGGGGACCCUACUGCGAAAUAAUGCAGGCUCUCCUCUCUUACAUAGGAGAGCAGCUCAAGCCAGCAAACAUUUCUUAUGUUGCCAAGGACCUGUACAAGGGAGUGCUUCGUAUCCUGCUGAUCUUGCACCAUGACUUCCCCGAGUUUGUGGCCGAAAAUCAUUUCCAGUUCUGCAAUGUCAUUCCCGCCCAUUGCGCUCAGCUUCGUAAUCUUGUUCUGAGCGCAUACCCGUCGUCUUUCCACAAGCUCCCAGAUCCUUUCAGGGAAGGUCUGAAAGUCGAGCGCCUGGAAGAGAUGCGUGAAGCUCCCAAGAUUGCCGGCGACAUCGCUGCUCCACUACAGCGCGCCAACAUCAAAGGUGUUGUCGAUAGCUUGCUGCAGAGCAAUAACCAAUCAGAGGCGUCCAUCGAAAAGAUUUGCGAUGCCAUUUACAACCCUGUGAACAAGGAUACUGGACUCUUCUACACUCCCAUCAAUGUCAAUGUCGUCCUAGUGAACGCGUUGGUUCUAUACAUUGGUCAGGAUGCUGUUUCGGCCGGUGGAGCCAAAGGUAACACUCGCGCCGCGUUUGACAGCUCGCCUCAUUCGGCGCUUCUGGAGAGCCUCGCCAAGGUGUUACGACCUGAGGCGCGCUACUACUUGCUCAGUGCGAUGGCGAACCAAUUACGCUACCCCAAUAGCCAUACCUACUUCUUCAGCUUUGCCAUUCUUCGUCUCUUCGGCGUGGACAACUCCGAGCAGGAUGGAUCCGAUAUCCGUCAGCAGAUCAUCCGAGUCUUGUUGGAGCGGCUGAUUGUCCAUCGCCCCCACCCCUGGGGUUUGAUCAUCACCCUCCAGGAGUUGCUCCAGAACCGAAGCUACACUUUCUUCCACCUUCCUUUCAUCCAGGCUGCGCCUGAGAUUGGUCGUCUCUUCGAUGCUCUUCUUCAACACAUUCAGCAACAAAGCCCUAGGGCAAUGCCUUAG